AAUCGACAAUCAAUCACCCAUCCUGGCCAUCUCUAUACGACAUUCAUCUUCCACGCUAUACAACACCGAUGGGCGCGCGGUGAAGAUGCCACAGUCUGCUGCAAGACUUCCGUUUCCCCUUGCGACUUUGGGCCUCGAUCGCGUGCCGCGGUAGCAACAUUUCUCUGGGAAAAAUAUAUAAUACUUAAUCUCUAGUUCUACCAGCAUGCCGCUGCCUACAGCAUCCUUCGUCGGCGGUGUCCUGGUGCUGGCCUACCUCUCGACAUUCGUCCUGUUCGCUCUCCUGCGUAUCCUGACCGGUGUCAGUAUCCAGCGCAUCGGCUAUUCUGGUUUCCGUCGCAUCGCUUUCUCGCCCAAGGAUGGAAUCAAGAUAUACAUCAGAGGCAUCGGCCUGUCAUUACACCGACCCACCUUUGCGCAACCCACGUGGAUCAGUCUUCAUCUUACCGAACCUCAAAUCGUCGUCGACUUCCGCGCCCUAGGAAAAUCCACCAAGAAUACACAACCAGAAGAAAAAGCCCAGUCGCAUGAGAAUGGCGCAUCACAAUGGAAGAAGUUGACCGAAGUCAAGGACAAGAUCAAGAAAUUGCAUACAAAGAUAAGAUACCUAUGUCUGGUCGAUUUGGUUGCUGUGUCCAGUACUGUGGUCAUCAAAGAGGUGGGAACAAUCACAGUCGAGCGCAUCACUGUCGCUGUGGAUACAAGAGCAAAGACGGUGGAUCGUAGUCGCUUGUUCCAACACGACCAGACCAAAGCUUCAUCACACACCCCUGCCGAAUGGAAGAGCAUCAUCCGGUCAAUUUUGUUCACCCCUGAAGGAAAGGACUCAACUGAGGUUCUAGACGGUCUUUCGUUGAGUGUACACGGUUUCCUACACCCACAUCUUGAAGGGUUGCGCGAUGCUUCGAUUGCGCUGAAACUGGGUCGAUUGGAUAUACCUUACGACGAACUUCUGGACGCCAGCGAGAAGUUACACGAUAUUCGUGCUUCAACAAAACAGACUGCCCAAAACUCGACUUCUAUACAAGCACCCAAAAUCGCCAUUAACGAUGUGCUGAAGGAGCCUCGGGACGCGGAAGAUCGUGAGGAGAAGAUUAUGGAAGCCGUGGCUGAGUCGAGAGAGUUUCUUGGAUCUGUACUCAAAGGCAUACAGGAGUUUCAGCUGGCCAUCGGCUUCUUGGGCCUUUCAAGGCGUAUCAGAUCUCUGCACACUUCUGGGCAGCAUGUGUACUUCAAUAUGGCCAUGAAGGAACUGGGUCUGGAUCUACUGCGACUUGAUUCGAGAAGUCCAGCGCAUCGCAUGUACUUUUCGCCGACAGAUGUCGCUCAUCAGGCUCUACUCACAGCCAUCUCAAUUUCAGCCGGUGUUGAUGAUGGCCAUGAUCAUCCAGAGCGCAUGCUCUAUGUGCCUAUGGUCACCGCUACAGUCAAAACCACACUUCCUUCGAAGACGAUACAGAAGCCCGACGAUUCGACCAACGUGCGGGAACGCAACAGCAACAUUCUGUUUGCCAACCUUGUGUGUACUUCACCAUCUAUCGAUCUGGAUCCAAAGCACUUGCCACUCCUACUAGCCAUCGCUAAGGUUCGACAAGAGUCGAAAAAGUCUUCAAGAGCGCCCUUGUUGACCAGUCGUGGUUUCCUAUCGCGCCUCUUACCCAAAGCGAUCAUCAAAAUCGCUGUUCAAGAACCAGUCGUCAGAGUUUCACUCCCUCCUUUGAGUCCAUGCUUCUCUGGAGAUGUCGAGUAUGAUUUGCUCAUUUCAUCAACUUCGACCAUGUCCCUGGACAUUGACUCGCAGCACUCUUCAACCGACUCUGCAGUCAAAUACGGGUUGCACCUACAUUACAGACAGACAUCAAGUCAGCUAUAUUACCAGACAAAUGCUGGCCAGAAACACGACCUUCUGCAAACAGAGACAAUUGAGGUCAAGGUUGAUGUCAACGUACUGCCACAACCUGAGGUCUUCGUCUAUGGUAGAUUCCAGACAUUCUCAGUCUUCUUGGUCCGUACGGAAAUCUCUGAAGGUAUUCGCCAAAUUGUCAAGGCCGCUCGCAGAGAAACAGACUCAGCCGACGGAACCACUGUUGUAAAGAAGCCUAGUUUCCUUCGCCAAAUUCCAGAUUGGCUGCAGCAUGUGAGCGUACAAGGUGCUGACUUCAACAUCGAGCUAGCAGGCGUAGAUCAGGGUGUCUCCAAGUAUGCUCGUGGAUUUGCCUUGCAGCUAGAGUCAUGGUCGACCGAGUACAAGGCACAUCGCGAAGAUGUCUAUGUUCCUGUACCACGAAGAAGGUCACUUAGUAGGUCUUUCUCGCGCGAAAGGAAUGAUCGAUCGUCAACACCAGAGGCACCGCGAAAGAAGCAGUCACUCCCGACGGACGGUCGCAGGUUAGCCUUGCACAUCCAAGGUUUGGAAGGCCACAUAACAGACGCUGUCGAAGAUUCACCUGCCGAUCCCUUCAUCACCUUGCCCAAGUUUGAAGUUGCUUUCUCGACCUCCAGUGAUUUGCAAGGGCCACUCUUCCACAUCAAUUCGCAUGCUAAGAGCCUGCAAUUGAAAUACUCCCUUUACAAGCACUUCUCCAUUGGUGUGGCAGUCUUGACAUUCCGAAGAAUGUUCUUGGUACCUGGAGCCCAUCCCGCUGACGAGGAGCGCAAAAAGCAUCAGCCCAGCUCCACUGUCAAGACUCGGGAUCAUUCUCAAUAUGAUCAGAUUUUGAUGAGCGAAGUUACCACGAUCGACUUCAAGGCAAACCUCAUUCAAGUCAAAGCUGAUCUGCCAUCAGAUCCUCCAAUGAUGAUUCAGAUCUUUGGAGCUGACUGUGGUCGCCAUAGAUGGGCUACGCCAUUCGCUCGUCUCAAAGUGGUGCGACUGCUGGCUGGUACCCCUAACAUGAAGCAAGUGUGGAGCCGUAUUGUCAGUGUCAAGAAUCUUCGUUUCGACCUGCGCGAGAUCAAGACCAAAGUAGGCACAAAGACAGACAUCGCAAAGUCUUUCGACCUUACAACAGACGUCAUUCGUAUUGGUGUGCCACAUGGUAUGGUUCUGCACUCCAUCUUUGACAACAUUGUCAACACUGUGAAGACUUGCGAGCAGUUACACCAUCAUUUCAGCACAGGAACGCUUGAGUAUAUCCUUGAGAAGCAUCCUGAAGGCCCAAAGAAAGUCCCGAGAAUCUCUCUGCGCAGUCAGUUGUUGCUCUUUGAGAUUGAAGACAGUGGCUUUGAAUGGAAAUUAGGAACAAUUUAUCGAGCCGGCCUGGUCGAGCAACAGCAGCGUCUCGCGCGCGAAGAAGCUUUCAGACUCAAAGUCAAGCAUACAGAAUCAAAUCAACGCCAAAGAAGAGGUAGUUCUCGUGUGCGAACAGCUUCUGCACAACCCCCGCCAUCUCGCCGCCGCAGUAUAUCACGACCUGCAACAUCACAUCACAGAAGAAGCAAAAGUGCUCACUCGAUACACACGUUGCGUGAAGAGGAUGAAGAGUCUCCUGAAAAGCGCCGUGGCCGAGGUCGUGACCGCAAAAUCCGCUACGACACCGAGGGCAAGGCUGAUAUGAGUGGCGCAAGCACCCGAACUGUCGAGAAAGCCCAUGCAAAGCUGCAAGAAUUCAACGCUCAGAGCUGGAAGAAGCGUAUCGACCGUGCUCUGGGUUCCCAGAGUCAUGCACUUAAAGAGUUGCGUGGUCUCCUAUGGGGCAUGAACGACUUGCCAGAUGAAUCUGACCAAGCUGAGAACGUAAUGGCCAUACCACAAAGGCCUGCUCUCAUGGCUGCUAUUAUCAGCGAUGUGGGCGUCAUCAUCGACAAGCCUUCCUUUGCACUCGAUCAAUACCCCCAAUUCCUCCAUGAUAUUGGAAAGGGCAUGCCUAUGGAUAUGAAGUAUGGUCUACUACUACCCAUGAAUCUGAAGGUUACCCUGGGUGAAGCUAGAGUAAUGCUGAGAGACUACCCAUUGCCUCUCUUACACAUACCAGCCAUUCGCCUUGGCCAAUCGCCUCGACUUGCUAGUAUGUCCCUUAGCACAGACUUUGUUGUCGCAGAAGAGUUCCAAGGACCAGAGUCUGAACGUCAUAUCAACGUUGUCGUGGUGCCGAAGGAUAAGUUCGGAAAGGACGAUACUGACAAGAAUUUCUCUGUCGACGUGCGUAGAACCAUAUCGGCAGUCAAGACUUACUCCGACAUGAAGAUUGAUAUCAACACAAGCUCGCCCACAAGAAUCACCUGGGGAACUUCCUACCAGCCAGCCAUUCAAGAUAUGAUGCAAGUCAUUGAGAAUUUCACGAAGCCACCUAUGGAUCCCUCCGAAAGAGUUGGCUUCUGGGACAAGAUCAGACUUAGCUUCCACUCGAGACUUGACGUCAACUGGAAAGGCGAUGGCGAUGUUCAUCUUUGUCUCAAGGGCUCUAGAGAUCCUUACGUUGUCACAGGCCUUGGAGCCGGAUUUGUCAUGGUCUGGAGAAACAAGGUCCGCUGGAGGAUUGCACAAGAUGACGAUCCUCGCAAGUUUAUGACUGUGGACAGUGGUGACUAUGUCAUGGCUAUCCCUGACUACAACUACUACGCUCGGCAAUCACUCGAAGUGGAGAACGAGUCGUCCAGCGGCUCCAGUAGUGUCAACAGCAGCAAGGCUACAGCCGCAUUCAAGAAGGUUGUCAUGAAGCUAUCCGGCAAUGUGCAGUGGAUGGCUGGUCUGACCUUCGAACGCGAAGUUGAAGGUGACAAGAGAAGCUUCAAUUUCUGUCCUCAUUACAAGGUGAAGCUCAGGCAUCCUGAUCAUGCCAAAGCACCACCAGGAGAAACCUACGACGCGUUCAAGACAUUCAGAAGUCACUGGAUUCAUGGUUCUAUCGCUAUUUCCGCACCGCAAGACCGGGACUGGAACGUCGCCAACCUCCAGCCGUCAAAGAAUUACAACUCAGUCCAUCUCACGCCUCGCUUUUUCACGCACUUCUACGAUUGGUGGUCACUUUUCUCAGGUGUCAUGUCAUUGCCCGUUCGCCAAGGUCCCCUAUGGGGAAGCAUGGAGAAGUCGAGCAAAAAGUUUGGUCGUCAUCUCGGUACAAUCAAGUACAACCUUCUCUUCUCACCUCUUUUCAUCAGUCACAUCUACAAGCACAAAGACGCUGAGGACUAUCAAAACGAUGUCGUCUCUGCCACUGGUCUGAAGAUGAAACUUGAUAGCUUCAUGUUGGAUCUUCAUCAACGCAGAGAGACAUUUGAGAUCCCAGCCACAUCAGAGAAGAAGGCCAAGAGAACGACCGCCAUGAAGAUCAACCAAUGUCAGCUUGAUUUCAUCUCAGCUGAUAUUCGAGCGAUAUCUGCAUCGAUCAAGGGUACUAGUACUGCCGAACUCGACCGGGCUGACGAAGCCACUCUGGCUAGCUACCAGACAAGCAACAUCACCAACGUAGACAUGUCCAAGUUCACCAUCCCAGACAACGACCUGACAUGGAUCGACAUGGACGACUUUGUUGAGCUCGACUGGAUCUUGCCUGCAGAGACGAACCCCGCAACGAAGAUUCUCCCACUUGGAUUCGCACCUCGCUUCACGUACUUCAGACAGACAGACCAUGGUGACUCAGUGUCUGGAGACACAACAAGAUCAAGUAUCUUCGGCGACGAACCCACUCACUAUUGCGUCAUGUCCAAGCGAAACGACCCGCGCCGAGUACAAGCCGAUCUGAUUGAGUCUCGUAUUCACCGUAUUGAAGAACAGAUGGCAAACAAUGAGCGUGCGGUUGGCGAGCAAGAAGUCAAGGUUGUCAGAAACCAUGAUAAUGACGAACAUCUAAGUGAGCGAUUAAGAGCUCUGAAAAACCACACAGAAGCAUUGCAGAAGAAACAUGAGUUCUUGUGCAAAUUGUUGAACGUGCUGGUCCAGAAGCUGCAACAAGAGGAUCCGUCCAUGGGCGAACAUAUCGAAACAGACGAUCUGCCCGACAGAGAUCCGGAGAAAGACGGUGAAUCGAAGGAAGACUCCACUCCGCUCGCAGACUAUACAAGCGACUUCAAUAACCGCUUCGUCGUCCACAACGCUCAGAUAAAGUGGAACAACUCACUACGAAACAUCAUUCUCCGAUACAUCCAUCAAGUCAGUCAAAGACGUGGAUUUGUUUACUACAUGUCGAGAAGAGCUGUCAAGUUCAUCCUUGACAUCCUUGACGAGCAAAAGAAAUCAGGCCCACAAGCCCCAGAAGACCGGACGAACAGCACGGUCAGUAAUGACACUUCGUUCUUGCCGAUGACUCCCAACCAGGAAGAUGAGAUGGAAGUUCAAGAUCGUAUUGACCAGCUUUUGAACGACGGAAGACAAUUUGUCAAUGCGGACGACCCCGAGAAACAGGAAUGCACAGAAACAGCUGCUAAUGAGGGGGCUGGAGAGGGCAUCUCGACUGAAUACACGCCACAGAAUACCUACCACUUCCGUCUUAUCGCUCCGCAAAUCCAAUUGCAGAGCGAGAAGAAUCCGAAAUCUGUCAUGCUAGUCGCCGCCAAGGGUAUGCAACUCAAGGUCGUACAGAUUAUGGAUAAGGAAAGAGUACUCGAUGAGAUCAGUGGUCUGGUACAAACUCGCUUCUCAGCCGCUAUGGAUAGCAUGCAAGUCUUUGUGGCUAGUACGAAGACUUUCUCGACCGAAUAUCUGCACAUGUACUCUGGCAACCGCUAUGGUGGCAAGGUCGGAGAGUACUGGCCGCCCUGGGUGCCUCUGGAAGUCAUGUUUGAAUUCCAAGUCAAUCCAUAUGGUUUCUCGAGGGUUGUCCACCGCACCUCGGCAAGUCUGCGCUACGACAAAUACAACAACCUCCGAUUGAAGUACAACGACGAUGUCAGUGGAGGAGAUGGCAACAAGACACAAAAUCCAGAUGCCUCCGACACUCGCAUGGACCACGUCUAUAUCGAGUUCCCGCACUUCCGAGCAAUCUGCGACUCCAACCAGUACUUCGCUAUGUACAUCAUCGUACUGGACCUGCUCCUGUACAGCGAGCCGCUCGAAAAGACUCGUAGCGAGAGACUGGAGAAGAUCAUGCUGGCUUCUGACUUCAGCGAUCUGACAGGCGCCCCUGAGAUGGUUGAGAUGCUACAAUCUCGCAUCCGCCAGCUAGAAGAUAUCAAGAUGCACUUCCAAGUCAAUGAAAAGUUCCUGGAUCGUCAGGGAUGGAAGGAUAGAAUCGCCCUUGAUGCAGAUCUUGCUUCUUGCGAGGACGAACUUUUCUUCAUGAUGAAAGCGAUUACGACCUCUCAAAGGAGAAACGAAGAUCGCGGCCAAGACGAAUCGCCUGGUCUUCUAAGAUGGUUGAUAUCAUCCAAAGAAAUUGCUUGGCACCUGAUCCGUGGCGAGAACGAGUCUCUCCUCGAAUUCCAGAUCAAGGAUGGUCUCUUUGAUCGAACUGACAACAAUGACGGCUCUAACUACAACUGCAUUGAGAUUGGUAGAAUCAAUGGUUUCAAUCUGUUGCCGAACGCAGUAUACCCAGAGAUCAUCGCGCCAUACAUUGAUCCAGCUCGUGGAUUCCACAAGCAAAAGGACAUGAAGAUGCUGCGUGUGCAAUGGCUGAUGCUUGAAGCUAUUGCUGGUAUCCCUGUUGUCGACUACUUUGAAGUCAACGUUAUGCCUCUGCGUGUUCAACUCGAACGCGAGAUUGCCAAGCGUCUUUUCGAAUAUCUCUUCCCUGGAGUCGGUGGGAAUGCGUUUGAAGGAGGCGGCUUCUCGCCCUUCAUGGUCCGUAACAUGGCUGUACCCAAAGACGACGAGGAAGACUCCGAUGAGAAGAAAGAAACUAAGAAGGCUUUGCCGCUUGAUGAGAGCACAAGUUCGGCUAUACAUCAAGGUGUAGGCACAGGAGCAGGCGAACUUGAGCACAGACUCCAGCCUACGCUGAAGCUACCGGAAGGAAAGGUGCCACUCAAGGGAAAAAACAAGGGCUUGGGUAUCAGCCAACAAACAUCCUCCUCCCACAGUCUUCACUGGAAUCCCUUUGGACAUUCCGACAAGUCAUCAAGCAACGUUGCCAAGAAGCAAAAUGGCAAUACGGCAUCCAACGUCAGUCUUGUCAGUCGCACGCCUUCCCAGCGCUCCUCGGAAACAAAUUCCCUCGCCGAGAGUGAACUGUCAAAGAAGAAGCCUGCCAAGAAAGGCAAGUCUGACAAGGACGACAAGCAAGCUUCAGAUGAUUUAUCACUCAUGCUUUCACGUGCGUCCAAUUACAUGACGCUGUCAUUUUUCAAGGUCCCUUCUAUGGUUCUCUGCCUGUCUUACAAGGGGCAAGGCCGUCGCAACUUGGAGGAUGUACACGAUCUUGUCUUCCGCAUGCCCACUCUGGAGUAUCGCAACAAGACAUGGUCGAACCUAGAUUUGGCUCUUCAGAUGAAGAAAGAUUUGAUCAAGGCUCUCAUCUCACACGCCGGCGCCAUCGUCGGUAACAAAUUCCACAACCACCGUCCAGCCCGCCAAGCAGCUACCAGCAAGCUUCGCGAGAUCGCAAACCUCAGCACCAUGCACAUCCAUUCCCACAACGAUGAACGCGGCUCCGAAGCUUCAACUCCUUCGCACAUGACAACCUCCUCUAUCGUGGAAGAAGAAGAUGAAGCGGAAACAGAACAUGAUACUCCAGCUCGACCCUCGUUCACUUCCGGUCGCCCCAGCGUAUUCGAAGACCACUCCCCAGCAUCACUAUUCCCAACCCGCACCAAAUCCAUCACACCUUCUCUCGCUUUAUCUCAGGAAUCAGAAGGACCCAUCUUCAACCGCCGCCCUCAAACCGGAUACUCCAACAUCUCCCGCGUCUACACGAAUGGAUCUUCUUCCCUCGCCCCCUCUCGCAAAUCCGAAGAGAGCAGGGUCAGAAGUACUUCCAUCGGCAGUUCCGACCACAAAAAGGGUGGUCUUUUCGGCAGACUCAGACCCGGAACCAGUGCAUCCAAUCAAUCAGGGGAUGCAGGCAGAAAUGGCAGUUUGGGAUCGGAUGGGCAGGAUGAUGAGGGUUUCAAGAGUAGAUUGUUGCUCGGAGGACAGAAAUUGCUCAAUAAAUUGCCGCAUGGUAAAGGAUAGAAAUCUUGAAAUUUUCAUCGGAUGGGGGCGGGAAUGGGGUGGAGAGUAGAUGGGGGUUUCGCUUUGACCAAUGGGUGUUUUCUUGGAGAAUGACAAAAGAAAGUCUUGAGGGGGAGACUUCUCUUUUACUCUCGUAGUGGUGGCUUCUUUUGCUUUUCGAGGGGAUGGAUGAAAGGGUGGUUUUUGUAGAUAUUCUUUUCAUUCUUUCUUCUUUCUUCUUCUUGGUUGAUGAAAGGUUUACAUUGUACAAUCACAUUUUUUUCAAGAAGUUGUGGGAGAGAAGCUCCCAUUGAGCAAGGCUUUAAUUCUCUGGUCGGCCUCGCGAGC